AUGACCGUCAAAGUUUGAGAAUCUGGAUAAACUCUUUUAGUAAAUUCUGAUUUUUCUACUAUUCAAGUUGAAAUCUGAUUGUAUAGCGAAUAAUUUCAUCAUAACAAGUAACAGAAUCUGCAAAUAUGGCGACUGAGAAAACGGCCCCAUCCAAUCCGUUAGAGCAGUUUGUGCUUCUCUCAAAGGCAGCGAAAGGAGCAGCAGCUGUGACAGUCAUCAAACAAGCAUUAGAAGCACCAGGGGUUUAUGUCUUCGGAGAACUACUGGACAUGCCAAAUAUUCAGGAACUAAGCGAAGGACCUCAUGCCUCAUAUUUCAACUUGCUGAAUGUCUUUGCAUAUGGGACUUACAAUGAUUACAUUGAAAAUAAAGCUACUCUUCCAGAAUUGACGCCAGCACAGCUGAAUAAACUCCGACAUCUCACAAUUGUAUCUUUAGCCACCAAAUCCAAGUGUAUUCCAUAUUCAGUAUUGCUUCAGGAACUAGACCUCAAGAACUUAAGAGAGUUAGAGGAUGUGAUAAUCGAGGUGAUAUAUGCAGACAUUGUCCAUGGGAAGUUGGACCAGAAUAAUCAACAGAUCGAGAUUGACUAUGCGCUCGGUCGAGAUAUCAGACCAGAGGCGAUGAAGGAGAUGGUUGGAGUCUUACAAGAAUGGUGUGAUAGCUGUGACAGUGUCCUACACAAUAUUGAACAGCAGAUAGUGAAAGCAAACACGUACAAAGAACAACAGAAUAAGAUCACGGAGAAAAUAGAACAUGAGGUGGCGAAUAUUAAGAAAACAUUGAAGAAUACGCCACAAUCGACAGACAUGGAUGAACAGAUGGUGACAGACAGUCGUGAGAUCUCAUUACAGGCCGAGAAACCAUCCAAGAAGUCGUCAAAAACAAAAGGACUACGAGGGACAGGGAAAUUCUGGAAGUAGAUGACUCGAUCGUUGGUGCUAUGUGUCAGGAGGAUUCAUGUUUGGACUCUUUUUGUGGAUGUGUGCUCUGAAGGACUUGUUUUGAGUACACUGAUUUUGUUUACAUGUCAUUGAAUGUGGAGUUGAUUCCAAAAGCAGGGGUAGGGGGACGUCAAUGCUGUAGUACAUGUAAUGGUUGGCAUGGCUUAUGUGUAUGUUCUCGAUCUAUUGACUUGAUGCAGUCACAAGUAGUGGUCAAGAUGGCCAUUUGACCCUCAGGGUGAGAACGAGUUGUUAUUAAGGUUGUGCCGCUAUCACAAGGCUGAAGGGUAUAAAGCAAUGUAUACAUGUACAUGUACAAUAACACUGUAAAUUAAAUGUUCCAUCAAUUUUCA